AUGAUACAUUUUGUGCUUCUAGUUAGUCGGCAAGGAAAAGUAAGGCUCACCAAGUGGUAUUCGCCUUACACACAGAAGGAAAGAUCUAAGGUGAUACGUGAACUCAGCGGCGUGAUUCUGAACCGAGGUCCCAAGCUCUGCAACUUUAUUGAAUGGAGAGGAUACAAGGUUGUCUACAAAAGAUAUGCAAGCUUGUACUUCUGCAUGUGCAUUGAUGAGGCGGAUAACGAGUUAGAGGUGCUGGAGAUCAUUCAUCACUACGUCGAGAUUCUUGACCGUUACUUUGGCAGUGUGUGUGAACUUGAUUUGAUUUUUAACUUCCACAAGGCGUAUUAUAUAUUGGAUGAGCUGUUGAUCGCCGGUGAGCUUCAAGAGUCGAGCAAGAAGACAGUGGCGAGGAUAAUAUCAGCUCAGGAUCAAUUGGUGGAGGCUGCGAAAGAGGAGGCUAGUUCCAUAAGUAACAUAAUUGCUCAGGCUACCAAGUAG